AUACCAUCCAUUCGAAAAUCUAGAAGCAAAAGAGAAAGAGAGGGGGAGAGAAACAGAAAAAGGAGAUUCAGAAUUGGGUAAUCACGGCUAUAUUUGGAGACGGAGGGUGGAAUUUCCACCAAAAUCAAAGAUUGAUUCAUUCAUCAUCAUCAGCUUCUAAUCAAGUUGAGAAAAGAAACCCUUCACCUCACGGUGGUAGAGGAGCUUUGCCAUCAGAAGGUGGUUCUCCUUCUGAUCUUCUUUUUCUUGCCGGUGGUGGUGAAAUUGUCGUCAAAUACCCAAUCAACUAACCCCCUUAUUCUUUAUAAUCCCUUUUGAUUUUUUCCUAGAUUUACCAAUUCAUUUAUUAACUUAAACCGUUCAUAUUCUAGUACAUAAUACAUUACAAUUUACAAUAUGUUGACCAUCAAAAGAGUUCCUACUGUUGUUUCUAAUUACCAAGAAGAUGUUUCUGCUUCUGCUGCUGCUGAAACUGUUGGCUGUGGCCGUAAUUGCCUUGGAAAGUGCUGUUUACCUGUGUCCAAGCUUCCUUUAUACGCAUUCAAGGGAGAUGGGAUUGAUUCAAUCAAAGGAGGAGAGGAACCUGAGGUGUCUUUCUUUGAUACCUUAAUUCUUGGGCAAUGGGAGGAUCGAAUGAGCCGUGGCCUUUUUCGAUAUGAUGUAACACUGUGUGAGACUAAGGUUAUUCCUGGAGAGUAUGGAUUUGUUGCACAACUGAAUGAAGGACGUCACCUUAAGAAGCGACCAACUGAGUUCCGUGUCGAUCGAGUGCUACAACCCUUUGAUGGGAGCAAAUUCAACUUCACAAAAGUUGGGCAGGAAGAGGUGCUUUUGCGCUUUGAGCAGAGUUUUGAUGAAAAGACCCAUUACUUUGCUAGUUCAGCUGUCGAUUCGGAUUCUAUUUCUCCUAGUGUGGUCGCCAUUAAUGUGAGUCCAAUUGAGUAUGGGCAUGUACUUCUGAUUCCCUGUGUUCUUGAAUGCUUGCCUCAAAGGAUUGACCAUGAGAGCUUCUUGUUAGCUCUUCAUAUGGCAAAAGAAGCAGCAAACCCCUUUUUCAGAUUGGGUUUUAACAGUUUGGGUGCCUUUGCAACAAUCAAUCAUCUCCAUUUCCAGGCGUAUUACUUAUCUGUGCCCUUCCCUGUUGAGAAGGCUCCUACUCAGAAGAUAACCAUGGCAAAUGGACUUCCAGAUAAUGGGGUUACAAUCUCUGAGCUGUUGAACUAUCCAGUUAGAGCUCUUGUUUUUGAGGGGGGCAACACAUUAAAAGAUCUCUCUGACGUUGUCUCUAAUGCUUGCAUUUUUCUUCAAGAGACCAACAUUCCAUACAAUGUUCUCAUCUCUGAUUGUGGAAACCGAAUCUUCCUCUUUCCUCAGUGUUACGCUGAAAAGCAAGCACUUGGGGAAGUGAGUCAGGAGCUUCUUGAUACCCAAGUAAAUCCAGCCGUGUGGGAGAUAAGUGGACAUAUAGUGUUGAAGAGGAAGAACGACUACGACGACGCAUCUGAAAAUUAUGCCUGGAGCCUCCUUGCGGAGGUGUCUCUCUCCGAGGAAAGGUUUCAAGAAGUGAAAACCUAUAUAUUUGAAGCUGCAGGUUUACAGGAAAUGGUUUGUGUUGCAGAAAAAGAGGAAGGAGAGGGCAAUGAAGAUGUCAAAGAUGAGGAUGAGGAUUCUUUGUUCGGGAGCUCAUCUCGCACCUCUGCCACAUAUUACCCCCAAGGUUGUCUGGUUCAGCAGUGAAGAAGUACUAUUAGGGUUUUGAGAGGGUUGCAGUGUUGUCUCUUGUUCUUUUUAACUUUUCUGUUUCCUGCGUAACAGAAGAUGUGUAGGAUAGUUUUAGCAGUUAUUGCGUGUAGUUUAAUUUUGAUCAGUUAAUAAUAAUCUUAGUGCAUGUGUACUUUGCUUAAGGAAGUGAUUGUGUACAUCUCUCUCUACCUUGUAUGAAAAAUGAAAAUUUGUUAUUAUACGACUCUCGAAAUAUUAUGAACACCUAAAUUCCGCC